UAUGAUAGCUCAGCAAUUUCGAGCAAAUUGCGGAAAAUGUAAUAUUGAACAACGAAGAAUUUUACCUGAUUUGACCUCGUCUAAUCACUCAAUAUCAACUUGUCUAGCUAACGGCGCAAAAUUGGACAAAUGCAUUGAAACCCGCUGCGAUAAUUUAUAUACGAAAGUUUUAGCUAAAAGUCUACAGGACUCUUGUCUUACUGUCGCUGGAUGUUUUAGGAUAAAUGUUAUUUGUAUAACCUUGGCGCAGAAAAUACAAACACCUCCUAUUAGGUGUAGAACCCUUAAUGAACUUAAGACGCGUUGCUAUUGUAAUGAGUAUCAGGAACAACGUGAAACUGUUAUGAAACUUCUUGAAGAUACCGAAAAUUGUGUGCGAGAUAAUACAUUGAAAGAUUUAAUGGGAUCAGGCGAAGACAAAAGCGGGGAUUAUAGCGGGGAUUAUAACGAUGUUGGAAGUGGCUCAGGCAGUGGUGCCGAGAUAAAAGAUUUAAAAGUGGGAAUAACAGCUUGUCGAAUUAAUAAAUUAUUUAAACGAGAAAAAAGAGAAUAA